ACAUUUAGUUAGAGGUGAUAAAACUGGGCCGGACCUCUGUCUGACUCCAGCUUGAUACGAAUAGCGACGCAUUAGCAUUACAAUAUUUGUGAUGAAUAUAUUACAUGUACAAUUUUAUCCAUCUCUGUAUCAUAUUAGUAAAGUGUACCUAAACAUAUAUAGGUUUCGACUUCAACUGAAGGCAACAACUAUUUACAGUAUGAAGCGAAUGAGCUCGACUUUAAUAAGAAACAGCGGGUUGUUCGGCCACAAUUUAUUCAAUUAAGUUCCCUGGAUGCAUAAUUUGCUAAUUCUAUUAAACCCCGUGUUUCCAAAUAUAUUGAGUAUAUUUUUUAUCUAAAAUUUUCCCCAUUUCAAAAUGGCAACUUCUCUGCUACCAAACCAUCCCAGUUUAAUCCUCAACUUUUGUAAAUCUCCUACUCAAGCCAUUUUGGAUGAGAUUGUUCAAAUUGUCACCUUCCGAACUAUUUCCCCCUAUCAAGAAGACAAAUUCAGGGAUCUUAUGGUCCAAAUCGACAAUCGGUUGGACUCCAUUGGCAAAGACUGCAGCUCACUCUUGACGUUGCUCCAUCUUCUUAAAGAGUUAAUCCCCCUCGUGAUGCAGGAUGUCGCCAAGGUUUGGAACAGAAGGCCGGCUCGACUCCAAAACUUUAAACAUUAUUUUGCCCAUACUUUCUCCUACGAUGUGACAUUUUGUGAAAAGUGUGAAUCAGUCAAGAAAAUGUAUUUAUUUCUGGAUGGAAUUAUUAAUCCAGUUGAGAGCGUAAUGCAACAAGGAGCAGCAACGGUGGGCACAACAACCUCGUCGUCGACAACAUCUCAUAAAGUGAAGGAAAUUACGGUGACCUGUGCCACAAAAAAGUGCAAGUCUCAAAAUAUCAAAGUACUUCUCCCUUGUGAGCACUACUUGUGUGAGGAUUGCACGAACAAGAAUGCGAAGGAGGCACAAAAAAACAAACACAGGCAGUUCUUUUGUCCAAAAGACAAAAGACCGGUGAAUAUCGACUAUCUCAAGGAACAUGGAUGGGAAGAAUCUGGCUUGGAGAAAGCUAAUCCAGCUCAAAAUCAAGGAAAUGAUGCAUGUGGGGGCGAUUCAAAUCUGAUCCAAUGCCCAAAAUGCGAGAACGGCGUCUUGCACUAUCCCAUCAAUGGAAUGUUGGCGGAAUGCCUGCCCUGCAAUUUUUGUUUUUGUUCAAAUUGCCUUCAAGAUUUUCAUGGGUUUAGUGAUUGUGAGACGAAACCUGAAACCACAAUUCAAGAGAAGGGUCAAUCUUGCACUGAUCAAUUAAAGGAAUACGCAUUCCCAAAGGUUAGGAACUCAAAAUUACCAUCUGGUUUUAAUGGGGAUGAGGAUGGCGCAAGAGGAAAUAGUGAAACUUAUCCAGAAAAACACUCUUCUUAUCGAAAUGAUUCCGUUCCCAGAAAAGAAAAUAAACCCAUUUCACAUUCAAACUAUACCGGACCCGAAGUUCAUUACCCUAAACUUAACGGUAAAAUGAAGCCAAUAACUCGAAGUAAAGUAAAGCAGGCCGGCGCUGACGCUGAACAGUAUGAAUUAGACUUUUACACAAACUUGACCCAGCCAAAUAGCUUCACUCUGGAAGAAAUUUCUGACGCAUUCGUCAAUCCAACUAGUGAAGGAAUAUAUCCGGAGAAGUGGUCCUGGGAAUUUCUCAAUUACAAUAAUCGUCUCAAUUUUCCUCCUCCUUUCGCUAGUCUUUCAGCUGGAAAUUGGGUUGAGGACGAGAUUUUGGAAGACGCAAUUAAAAUCAUCAUUCAAAAGAAAAGACUAGAAAAUGAGGUGGCAUUUUUGGAGAGUUACGUCAUGAAUUGGAGCAUGAGGAAGGAUUACGGGGAAGACAAUGAACUGCUGAGGAUUAUUAAAGGAAAACAGCUUCAAACGAAAUCCACCAUUCUGGCCCUCAUCAACACUGACCUCAACGGUCACGGCGGUCACUGGAUCGUCGGAUGCGUUCACAUCCCAACCAAAUCAAUCUUUCUCUUUGAUUCUUCUCUCAUCUCGAGUGGGACUUUUUACCAAAAAUUUUUCUUUGGUUUGAUGCACAUUCUACACAUUGUCCACUGUCAGGAAGACAUUGAAGAAUUUGACCAAGGAUGGAAACUCGUCGUCAGUUUGGAUUCUGUGCAGCAAGAGAAUGAUUACGAUUGCGGACCACUUGCCGUUUGUAAUGCAUACGCAAUACUGACGAAGAACGCCCAGUUGGAUAGACUCCCUAAAAGUUAUGCUGUUCGAGAGUGGCUUUUUUGUACAUUGUCAUUUGAUGAUAAUGGGGAUAUGAGGAAACCUGUUCGAAUUUCGGACGAAACUGCAAAUUCUGUGACGAAUGAAAUGCCAAGAAUUGUGAAACCAUUCAAACCCAGGAGUUUGCAAGUUCGGUACCAGUAUCUCAAGAAUGUUUUAUUAUUUGAUGACAUUUCCACCAGAAUGCAUGAAACGACACUCUAAAUUUGCAUGUUCUGCAGGGUUGUUUCACGUCAUUUUGAUUUCGAUACAUAAAAUGAUUAUAAGUAUAAAGUAUUUUUUAAUAUAUUUAUGUGAUUUUACCAGAUUUAACUAGAUUUAAAUUAUUUAACUAUGCAUUAAACCAGAGAUUAUUUAAAGAUCUAUUAAAACAUUUGUUUUUUUCAUAAAUACUUAA